AUGGUUUCGAUAGCCAAAAGCAUAAAGCUGAAAAAAGAUUUGAGUGAGAUGGAAGCCAAGAUUCUUGAGAUGAAGAGGCAACAUGUGGCUAUGAAAGAGACAACCUACAAAGAUAUAUGUAGGAUGGAGUCAUGUGCAAGAGAUCUUGGCGUAGAGCUUGAAGAUAUGGAGUUUGAGUUUGAGUGA